GUAUCACACCUUUUGUUUUCCACAUGUAUGGGAUAUAUAAGAAUGCAGUGACCUAUGAUGAUGUGCAUGUUAACUUCACCCCAGAAGAGUGGGCUUUGCUGGACCCUUCCCAGAAGAAUCUCUACAAGGAUGUGAUGCUGGAGACCUUCAGGAACCUCACUGCUAUUGGCUACAAUUGGGAAAGUCAUUAUAUUGAAGAGUAUUCUCAAAGUUCGAGAAGACGUGGAAGGUAA